GAAAAAGUUUUUUUUGCGUACAAGAAGGGGCUUCGGCGAGCCGACGCUGCUCAAGCUGCAACUCUGUUGCAGUUGGCAGUUCUUUUCAGUUUCCCUCCUGCUGUUUGGGGGCAUGAAAGGGCUUCGCCGCCGGGAGUAAAAGAAGGAAUUGACCGGGAAGCGCGAGGAACAAGCGCGCACGCGGCCGGGAGGGCGGGCGUGCACCCUCGGCUGGAAGUUUGUGCCGGGCCCCGAGCGCGCGCCAGCUGGGAGCGUCGGGCAGAGACAGAGGCCGCUGGACCGCGAUGAGCGCGCCGAGUCUCCGUGCGCGCGCGGCGGCGUUGGGGCUGCUGCUGUGCGCGGUACUGGGGCGCGCGGGCCGGUCCGAUAGCGGCGGCCGCGGGGCACUUGGGCAGCCCUCCGGGAUAGCCGCCGAGCGCCAGUGCCCCACUACCUGCCGCUGCCUCGGGGACCUGCUGGACUGCAGUCGCCAGCGGCUAGCGCGUCUUCCCGAGCCGCUCCCGCCCUGGGUCGCUCGGCUGGACUUAAGUCACAACAGAUUAUCUUUCAUCAAGGCAAGUUCCAUCAGCCACCUUCAAAGCCUUCGAGAAGUGAAACUGAACAACAACGAAUUGGAGACCAUUCCAAAUCUGGGACCAGUCUCGGCAAAUAUUACACUUCUCUCCUUGGCUGGAAACAGGAUUGUUGAAAUACUACCUGAACAUCUGAAAGAGUUUCAGUCCCUUGAAACUUUGGACCUUAGCAGCAACAAUAUUUCAGAGCUCAAAACUGCGUUUCCACCCCUACAGCUCAAAUAUCUGUAUCUCAACAGCAACCGAGUCACAUCAAUGGAAUCUGGGUAUUUUGACAGUUUGGCCAAUACACUCCUUGUGUUAAAGCUGAACAGGAACCGAAUCUCAGCUAUCCCACCCAAGAUGUUUAAACUGCCCCAACUACAACACCUCGAAUUGAACCGAAACAAGAUUAAAAACGUAGAUGGACUGACAUUCCAAGGGCUUGGUGCUCUGAAGUCUCUGAAAAUGCAAAGAAAUGGAGUAACAAAACUUAUGGAUGGAGCUUUUUGGGGGCUGAGCAACAUGGAAAUUUUGCACCUGGACCAUAACAACCUAACAGAGAUUACCAAAGGCUGGCUUUACGGCUUGCUGAUGCUGCAGGAGCUUCAUCUCAGCCAAAAUGCCAUCAACAGGAUCAGCCCUGAUGCCUGGGAGUUCUGCCAGAAGCUCAGUGAGCUGGACCUAACUUUCAAUCACUUAUCAAGGUUAGAUGAUUCAAGCUUCCUUGGCCUCAGCUUACUAAAUACACUGCACAUUGGCAACAACAGAGUCAGCUACAUUGCUGAUGGUGCCUUCCGGGGGCUUUCCAGUUUAAAGACUUUGGAUCUGAAGAACAAUGAAAUUUCCUGGACUAUUGAAGACAUGAAUGGUGCUUUCUCUGGGCUUGACAAACUGAGGCGGCUGAUACUCCAAGGAAAUCGGAUCCGAUCUAUUACUAAAAAAGCCUUCACUGGUUUGGAUGCAUUGGAGCAUCUAGACCUGAGUGACAACGCAAUCAUGUCUUUACAAGGCAAUGCAUUUUCACAAAUGAAGAAACUGCAACAAUUGCAUUUAAAUACAUCAAGUCUUUUGUGUGAUUGCCAACUAAAAUGGCUCCCACAGUGGGUGGUGGAAAACAACUUUCAGAGCUUUGUAAAUGCCAGUUGUGCCCAUCCUCAGCUACUAAAAGGAAGAAGCAUUUUUGCUGUUAGCCCAGAUGGCUUUGUGUGUGAUGAUUUUCCCAAACCCCAGAUCACGGUGCAGCCAGAAACACAGUCGGCAAUAAAAGGUUCCAAUUUGAGUUUCAUCUGCUCAGCUGCCAGCAGCAGUGAUUCCCCAAUGACUUUUGCUUGGAAAAAAGACAAUGAACUACUGCAUGACGCCGAAAUGGAAAAUUAUGCACACCUCCGGGCCCAGGGCGGCGAGGUGAUGGAGUAUACCACCAUCCUUCGGCUGCGCGAGGUGGAAUUUGCCAGUGAGGGGAAAUAUCAGUGUGUCAUCUCCAAUCACUUUGGUUCAUCCUACUCUGUCAAAGCCAAGCUUACAGUAAAUAAAACGCCAUCAUUUUUGCGGCCUCUGUUGGACCGAACGGUAACCAAGGGAGAAACGGCCGUCCUACAGUGCAUUGCUGGAGGAAGCCCUCCCCCCAGAUUGAACUGGACCAAAGAUGAUAGCCCUUUGGUGGUAACCGAGAGGCACUUUUUUGCAGCAGGCAAUCAGCUUCUGAUUAUCGUGGACUCAGAUGUCAGUGAUGCUGGGAAAUACACAUGUGAGAUGUCUAAUACCCUUGGCACUGAGAGAGGAAACGUGCGCCUCAGUGUGAUCCCCACUCCGACCUGCGACUCCCCUCAGAUGACUGCCCCAUCGUUAGACGAUGACGGAUGGGCCACUGUGGGUGUCGUGAUCAUAGCCGUGGUUUGCUGUGUGGUGGGCACGUCGCUCGUGUGGGUGGUCAUCAUAUACCACACAAGGCGGAGGAAUGAAGAUUGCAGCAUUACCAACACAGAUGAGACCAACUUGCCAGCAGAUAUUCCUAGUUAUUUGUCAUCUCAGGGAACGUUAGCUGACAGGCAGGAUGGGUACGUGUCUUCAGAAAGUGGAAGCCACCACCAGUUUGUCACAUCUUCAGGUGCUGGAUUUUUCUUACCACAACAUGACAGUAGUGGGACCUGCCAUAUUGACAACAGCAGUGAAGCUGACGUGGAAGCUGCCACAGACCCGUUCCUUUGUCCCUUUUUGGGAUCUACAGGCCCUGUGUAUUUGAAGGGAAAUCUGUAUGGCUCAGAUCCUUUUGAAACGUAUCAUACAGGUUGCAGUCCUGAUCCAAGAACAGCUUUAAUGGACCACUAUGAGCCCAGGUACAUAAGGAAAAAGGAGUGCUACCCAUGUUCUCAUCCUUCAGAAGAAUCCUGCGAACGGAGCUUCAGUGAUAUAGCAUGGCCCUCACAUGUGAGGAAGCUACUUAACACUAGUUACUCUCAAAAUGAAGGACCCGGAAUGAAAAAUCUGUGUCCAAACAAGUCCUCUUUAGAUUUUAGCACAAAUCCAGAGCCAGCGUCAGUUGCCUUGAGUAAUUCUUUCAUGGGUACAUUUGGAAAAGCUCUCAGGAGACCUCACCUAGAUGCCUAUUCAAGCUUUGGACAGCCAUCAGAUUGUCAGCCAAGAGCCUUUUAUUUGAAAGCUCAUUCUUCCCCAGACUUGGACUCUGGGUCAGAGGAAGAUGGGAAAGAAAGGACAGAUUUUCAGGAAGACAAUCACAUUUGUACCUUUAAACAGACUUUAGAGAACUACAGGACUCCAAAUUUUCAGUCGUAUGACUUGGACACAUAGACUGAAUGAAAGGAAAAGCUUAACAUACUACCUCAAGUGAACUUUUAUUUAAAAGAGAGAGAAUCUUAUGUUUUUUAAAUGGAGUUAUGAAUUUUAAAAGGAUAAAAAUGCUUUAUUUAUACAGAUGAACCAAAAUUACAAAAAGUUAUGAAAAUUUUUAUACUGGGAAUGAUGCUCAUAUAAGAAUACCUUUUUAAACUAUUUUAUAACUUUUUUUAAUGCAAAAAAGUAUCUUACAUAAAUUAAUGCUAUAAAUCAUGAUUAUUUUAUGUAUUUUUAUAAUGCCAGAUUUCUUUUUAUUGAAAAUGAGUUACUAAAGCAUUUUAAAUAAUAUCUGCCUUGUACCGUUUUUUUAAAUAGAAAUUACUUCAUUAUGUUUUGCACAUUAUAUUUAAUAAAAUGUGUCAAUUUGAUGCCAA